AAGCGUGUCCUUUAAUUCUCUAGACAGUCCAAAUUCAGCUUUCUUUAUCUUAAAUUUGCGACUUCCAUAGACAGUGACCUUAAGCUUUCUUGAGCUGAAGCUGGAUUAAAUGGGUGUUUUAUAAAGUCUCAAGUCUUUUCAGAUUUUUUUGGCUUUAACACUCUUUUUCCCUCCUAGAAGAAAACCCAUUAUCCGUUUGGGUAGGCGAGAGGGGUUGUUGUUAGUCUUCUUGCUCUUAAAGAACCUUUUUAUACAGUGAUUGUGUGGUGAGGAUGGAGGAGAGGUAUGAGCCAAUUAAGGACCUUGGUUCAGGAAAUUUUGGAGUGGCAAGGCUAGUGAGAGAUAAGAAGACAAAAGAGCUUGUUGCUGUAAAGUAUAUCGAAAGAGGGAAAAAGAUUGAUGAGAAUGUGCAAAGAGAAAUCAUCAACCACAGAUCAUUAAGGCAUCCAAACAUUGUCAAGUUCAAAGAGGUUUUAUUGACUCCAACACAUUUAGCAAUUGUCAUGGAAUAUGCAGCUGGUGGUGAACUCUUUGCAAGGAUAUGCAGUGCUGGUCGAUUCAGUGAAGAUGAGUCAAGAUUUUUCUUCCAGCAACUAAUAUCUGGAGUCAGCUACUGUCAUUCUAUGGAAAUUUGUCACAGGGAUCUGAAACUUGAGAACACACUUUUGGAUGGAAGCCCUACUCCACGACUUAAAAUAUGUGACUUUGGUUACUCGAAGUCUGCUCUGUUGCACUCACAACCGAAAUCAACAGUUGGGACACCGGCAUACAUUGCACCUGAAGUCCUAUCACGAAAGGAAUAUGAUGGAAAGAUUGCAGAUGUUUGGUCAUGUGGGGUGACACUAUAUGUGAUGUUGGUGGGAGCAUAUCCUUUUGAGGAUCCUGAAGAUCCUAGAAAUUUCCGUAAAACCAUUGGGCGAAUAAUGAGCGUUCAGUACUCCAUACCGGACUAUGUUCGUGUUUCUGCAGAUUGCAAGCAUCUCCUUUCUCGUAUUUUUGUUGCCAAUCCUGCAAAGAGAAUUACCAUUCCGGAGAUUAAGCAGCAUCCCUGGUUUCUAAAGAAUUUGCCGAAAGAGCUGAUUGAGAUUGAGAAAACAAAUUAUGCAGAAUCAGAAAGUGACCAGCCAAGUCAGAGUGUUGAUGAGAUAAUGCGUAUCAUUCAAGAGGCAAAAACGCCUGGGGAAGCAGCUAAAGUUAGUAAGCAAACAGUUGCUGGUACGUCCGAUGACUUUGGUGAUUUGGAAUCUGAAAUUGAUGAAAGUGGUGACUUUGUGUAUCCUGAAGCAUGAGCUUUUGAAUUGUGUGCAAAGGUUAUGUUAUUAGUAUCACAUUCACAUGCUUUUCUCACGUUAUUUGUAUUGUAAAGUAUUUGUCCAAAAAUAUUGCCUUUCUUUGAUGCUAAAGCAGUGUGAGUGUAUCAUGUUGUGAAAUGGGUUGGUCUUGUAUUUACUGUGUAUUUUGCAUCUCAUUUGGAGAUCAUUUUGUGCAUGGCUUAUGCUAAAAAUUGGGGUAGCCUUCCCCUUGUAUUUACCCAGCAUCUUGCAUUAAUGUACAUCUUAUUUUGGAGAGCA